AUGGAGGAAGAACGUGAAGAACAGAGGUACAUAAAGUUACGAGGGGCAGAGAACCGGCCCGUAUGGAGGUUCCAGAUGAGAAUCCAACUCAUGGCAAUUGAGGGGUACGGUAUUGUCCAAGGGGAAAAUCCGAAACCUGCGAUUGUGACUGAUCCACCCCCGACACCAUCAGAGCAAGCUGCCUUCGCACUGAAGCUGAAGCAGUGGGAGAAAAUAGAGGGAAAAGCACAACGCCUCAUCGUAAACUGCCUGAACGAGACGACGAUGCACCACGUGAUGACCUGCACGUCUGCCAAGGAGAUGUGGGAUGCUCUGAACGAGGUCUACGCAAGCAAAACAGAGACUGCAGUCCACAUGCUCCAGCAGGAGUGGUUCGUGCUAUCCAAGGAUCCCAGGGAUGACAUCGCAGAACACGUCUCCAAGGUACAGAGCGUCGCUCAUAAACUCAAGCCUCUGGGUGAGACAGUUUCAGAUUGCACGAUUAUGACAAAAAUUCUGUUGACACCGCCACCCACCUUGAAUCAUUUUUAUUCAGCCUGGGAGUCCACUGCCAUGUCAGAUCGAACACUGACAGCAAAACAGGACGCGAGCAGCGGCGAAAAGUCACGUUGGAAGAAAAAGGGGCAAGGUCAUGGGAAAAAGCCUGGAGAGUGCAAUUAUUGCCACAAACAAGGUCACUGGGAGUAUGAGUGUCGCGAGAAACUGAAACACCUCUCCCAACACUACGAGGAGGACUCGAAGACGCCCAAAACCCAUGGAGGAGCCCUGAUGACUCACGUACUAUCCACGUUACCCACAUCGAACAGUUCAACUGAGGACUGGUAUCUGGACUCAGCAGCGUCGAGUCACAUGUUACCUAGAGAAGAGUGCUUCGUCAACUUGGAGCCCCUAGACUGCCCUGAACAAAUCGUGAUUGGUGAUGGGAAAAUCAUCAUAGGAGCUGGCAGAGGAAACAUUAACGUUCUGGCCUUUGAUGGAAAGGAAUGGGUAGAGAAGCACAUACAUGACGUUCUGUUGGUGCCAGAGCUCAAAUUCAACUUGUUUUCAACAGCAGCCGCAACUGACAAGGGUCUCGUAUACGUAGCCACAAGCACAGGUGCUUGGUUCAAGAAAAAUGGAGAGACAGUGGCAGUUGGAGAGCGUGAGGCCAUGUCCAUGAAGUUUAGGACGGUGUGCUCACAAGAAGCUGUGACAUCAGGGGGCAAGCCAAGGGAGCCAAAAGCGCUGAUAUCUUCGCUCAAGAUCUGGUAG